AUGGCACUUUUUCUCCCGAGUGUCAUCAACAGUGCCUCACCCAGCAUCCAUGUCUCGACAACGUAUCAGCAAUUUUAUGGAACGAACUGGAUUGUCAACACAUUCGCAGGUUUGUCGGUGCAUUGGUUGCUCUAUCUAGCUUUUCCGUGCAAGGAGACCCUUGUCGUUGCAGGAGAAAGCAACGUCCUCGACGUGAAAGUACCAGAGGAGAAGAUUGUGGAAGACAUCCAUAUUAAGGCUGAUGAUGAAAAGGUCUGA